CUCGCGAUAUUGUCUGACGCUCUCUCAAGGAUCUGUUCAAGAGGAUUAUUUACCUGCCAAAUUGCUCGAAAUGUCCGCUCGUGUCUUCAAAAGUUUUAUGCGCGACUUCUUUGCGGUCAAGUACGAUGAGCGUCGCGACAAUCCGGAAGCCACGCGCUUGGAUGGCAACGGUCGCUACUAUCCCAACUGCUCCUCGGAUGUCUGGCUGCGUUCUUGCGAGCGCGAGAUUGUCGAUCCCAUCGAGGGUCAUCACAGUGGCCACAUUCCCAGCUGGCUUAAUGGCAGCCUCUUGCGGAAUGGUCCCGGCAGCUGGAAAGUGGGCGACAUGACUUUCGGACACCUCUUUGACUGCUCGGCGCUGCUGCAUCGCUUUGCUAUUAAAGGCGGUCAUGUUACUUAUCAGAAUCGCUUUGUGGACACGCAAACGUUGCAGAAGAAUCGCGCUGCGCAACGAAUUGUGAUUACAGAGUUUGGCACGGCGGCUGUUCCAGAUCCUUGUCACAGCAUCUUUGACAAGUUUAGCGCCAUGUUUCGAGCGGAUAGUGGAACGGAUAACUCGAUGAUAUCCAUUUAUCCCUUUGGCGAUCAGUAUUAUACUUUUACGGAGACACCUUUUAUGCAUCGCAUUAAUCCCUGCACCUUGGCCACUGAGGGACGCAUCUGCACCACAGACUAUGUGGGCAUCAUCAAUCACACAUCGCAUCCCCAUGUGCUGCCCAGUGGCACCGUUUACAACCUGGGAACCAGCAUGACCAAGUCUGGCCCGGCUUACUCAAUCAUUUGCUUUCCCCAUGGCCAGCAAAUGUUCGAGGAUGCGCACAUUGUGGCCACGUUGCCUUGUCGUUGGAAACUGCAUCCUGGAUAUAUGCACACUUUUGGCUUAACAGAGCACUACUUUGUGAUUGUGGAGCAGCCGCUUUCGGUUUCGCUGACAGAAUAUGUCAAGGCGCAGCUAUCGAAUCAGAAUCUUUCUGCAUGUCUUAAAUGGUACGAGGAUAAACCAACGUUGUUUCAUUUGAUCGAGCGCACUACAGGAAAAUUACUGCAGAGCUACGAAUCGGAGGCAUUUUUCUAUCUGCACAUCAUCAAUAGCUAUGAACAAGAUGGUCAUGUGGUGGUCGAUAUAUGCAGCUACAAGAAUCCUGAGAUGAUCAACUGCAUGUAUCUGGAUGCGAUUGCCAACAUGCAAACGAAUCCCGAUUAUGCUAAACUCUUUCGUGGUCGUCCGCUGCGCUUUGUGCUGCCUUUGGGAGCUGCUCCUAGCAAGCGGCGAUUGGUGAAAUCGAUGUCCCUGGUGGGUUUAGCUGGUGUGGCCACAAACUCGCCUGCCACACGCAUGCGACACUCUGCCUCACAGUAUGCGGACAUUAGCUACAUGGCCACCAACAGCAAGCAAGAGCAGCAGCAAGAGGAACAGCAAACUGGUAUCAAUUUGGUCAGCUUAGCGGGUAGUCAAGCGGAGGCUUAUCAGACACCAACUGGCAUCUUUUUGCGUCCGGAGAUGCUUUGCGAUUGGGGCUGCGAGACGCCGCGCAUUUUUUACGAGCGUCACAUGGGCAAAAGCUAUCGCUACUUUUACGCCAUCAGCUCCGAUGUGGAUGCACACAAUCCAGGCACACUCAUCAAGGUUGAUGUUCAGGAGAAAACCUGCAAGACCUGGUGUGAACCCAAUGUCUAUCCCAGCGAGCCAAUUUUUGUGCCUUCCCCGGAGCCGCAGAGCGAGGACGAUGGCGUCAUCUUGGCCUCCAUGGUGGUGGGUGGACUCAACGAUCGCUAUGUGGGUCUGAUUGUGCUGUGUGCCAAGACCAUGACGGAGCUGGGACGCUGCGAUUUUCACACCAAUGGCCCGGUGCCGAAGUGUUUGCAUGGCUGGUUUGCAGCCAACACAGUUUAGAUUUAAGUCUUGAUUUAAUCUCAACUUUUGUAUUAUGUUAGAUCUAGUUUAGUUUUAGAAUUACGCUACUUAAACUUGGGAUUCAAAAUGUUUGCUAUAAACUCUGUCCACUUUCGUUGGAACACUCGAUUUAUCUUGCGUCGCUCCGGCGGCGUCAGCACCGAAUAUUUAAUGGAGUUCAGCGCCAGCUGCUUGAGGAAACGCAAAUCUGCCUCGGCGGGAGCCAUGGCCAUGAAGGCGUAGUAGAAAUCAUAGCUGAGUCCUUUGGCUCCCCAGACUCCAGGAUCAUCGGCCGAGAUGAUGAUGGGGAAAUUCUCCGCAAUCAGAAAGCUGGCAGGAUGAUUGCGCAAAUCCCAAAUGUAGCCAAGAACUUGAUUGGACAGCGGAUUCACUUCGAUGGCAAUGUUGCGCUUCUUGAUCGUGGACCACAGUUGGGGAUGCUUGGGCAACGCAAAGGCGUGGCCAAUGCGCUUCGUGUUCAGCAGAAUGGCAUCCAUCAUAUUCCAGUCGGUGCGGCCAUACCAAU